AUGCUCCCCACCGCCGCCCGUCUCGCCGCUGCUCGCGUCACUCUCUUCACCCGCGCCAAUUGCGGCCUCUGCGACACCGCCAAACUCACCGUCACGAAGCUGCACAAGCGCCGUCCCUUCGACUACACCGAGUUGGACAUUCAGCUCCCGAGCAAUAAGCCAUGGAAGGAUGUCUACGAUUUUGAUGUUCCCGUGCUACACGUCCAGUCGGUCCAGAGCGACGCGUCGUUGUCGGAUCCGAAGAAGUUGUUUCAUCGGUGGACGGAGCAGGAGAUGGAGACAUUGAUCGACGAGGCGGAGAAGAAGCAGUAG